UGCCAUCCUCCCCUUCCGCCCAAGUGUUAUGGAGUGGCUGUGAGCGGCUCUGAUGACUGUGUUGGGAGUAGCUGAACUGGGAACAUGAAGGCUGCUCUUAGGGUACUUUUGCCGUGCCUGGUGCUGCUGCUCCUCUCUGCAUCAUUUCCGAGAAAAGCAAGCACAGGGGAGAGGAUUUCCCCUAUUAACCAGCCGGAGCUGAGCCUGCUGGAGGAGCUGGGACUUGAAGCGGACGAGAGAAAGAGAGAAAAAGCAAGUUUACAGGAAAGAGUGAGACCCAGCUCAGCGGCAAGCUCAAGGAUGACUGCUGCUGCUCGCCUCUUCUCAAAGCCUGGCCCAGGAGCAAAAUGCCUCCAGGGGAUGGCUGAGGAUGGGGGCAUCAGCUGGUCCAGCUCCAGCCUGCACCCGUGGCCGCUCGGGGAGCUGGAGGGGCCUGUGUGCAGGGUGAAAAUGGACCAGGACGGGCUGACCCUGAGGCACCUGGAAGUUGUGGGUGUUCUCACCCACUAUGAAAGCAGCUUCAUCAAGCUGUUGAGGCAAUGCACCAGCUGGGACGAAAGCUAUCUCGAGACCUUUGGGCUCUGCCCCGCCGGGGAGGGGGGUGCUGCUCUCCAUUCCCUGAAGCACAUCCAUGCGCACAUGGUGGAGCUGGGGCAGGACUGCUUCCUUGUGCUGCAUCUGGAGGAAGUGAAGUGGGAAGCCCAGGCGAAGCUGUCAUUCAAGCUGGUUUUCCAGGCAGAGGUUGGCCGGUUGCUGGGAGAGCUGCGGUUCACCUUGCUGCUCUUCUACCGGGGCAGCCGAGAGGGGCUGGGCGCUGAGCGCCGAGAAGAGCUGCUGGCCACUGGCAUGGGGCUGACGCGGGAACAGAGCCUCUGCCUCACCAGGGCCCAGUACCUGGUCCUGGGAGAUGCUGUAGCGUCUGUCACCCGCACCAGCAAGCAGCUCAGCUUCGAGGCUUCGCUGGCGAUCAGGCGUUGCAGAGAGGGAGGUGCCCCCUUGCCCCCCAUGGAGACCCAGCAGCUCCUUUUUGGCUCUGAUGACAAGUGCGUCACCAGGAUGACCCCCAUGCUGCUCCUCCUGGCCAAGUCACAGCAGGAGGAGGAGGUGGCUUUGGCUCCUUCUUCCUACCUCUCUGCCGACGGGGUGGUGGACAUGGCUCCAUACCCGCAGCUCAGCCCACCCCAGGCCGGGACUGAGGAGCUGCUGUCCCCCACUGCCCCGAGCCAAGCCAACGCUUCAUCCCCAGCGCCUGGCAGCAGCAGCCAGUUCCUGGGCAUCCUGACCCAGUUCAUCCGCCAGGUCCUGAGCCCUUCCAGCGAGCCGCCCACCCAGCCCAGCUCCCACCACUGGCUGGACUUCCAGGUGAUGGAGACCCUCCCUCACCAGCUGCUCAACCUGUCGGAGGAGGAAGCACUGGAGCGACUGGUGCAGUUGGAGGAGCCAUCGGUGCUGCUCUUCCCCCAGGACAGCAGAGCCAUGCUGGAGCAGCACUGGGGGGGCUGGCAGCCAGACGGGACUGUGCUGCAGCUGCUGAUGGGCAAGCUGCAGGUGGUGAUCCAGGAGCUGAAGGACAUCCUGGCUUUCCAAGCCAACACGGGGCUUUUCCAGCAUCUCCUGAGUUUCUGCUACUACCCGCCAGGGCCGGGCCAGGGUCAAGCUGGCAAGGAGCUGCCCAGCUCUGGGAAGCUGCACACGCUGCUGCUGCUGAAGGCAUUGCAGAUGGUGAGGGUGCAUUGGCAGGAGCGGAGGAAGGUGCUGCGGCAGAACCGCAGCACGCGGCCCCAGGCCCGCUGCUGCCUGCAGGAGCUGUCCAUCGACCUGCACGACCGCAAGUUCAUUGUCAUGCCCACUGUCUAUGCGGCCAACAACUGUGAGGGUCCCUGCAAGCUGCCCCUCUCCACUUGUGUCCCCAACUACUACUUGCACAUGGUGCUGCUGCUGGGCAUGCAGGAGCAGGGCUCCCCCCUCCAGCGGGCUCCCUGCUGCGUGCCCGUCUGCUACUUGGACCAGCUCAUCAUCAGCCUCUCCACGGAGGGGCUGGAGGUCCGCAAGUUCCCCAGUAUGGUGGCAGAGGAGUGCAGCUGUUGGUAGAGGCUCCCGCCCACCCUCAUCCUGCUCCCCCCUUGCCCAGUUUGCCCUUGCAGCUUGGGAGCUGGUGCUUCUCUCCAAGGUGGGAGCUCCCCAGGUGUCCUUUCCCCAUGGUUUGGCUCGUUAGCAUUGCUCUGGUUCUGGGUUUGUCUGUACCUGUGCCGGUCCCUGGGGGCUGCUCUGCAGCCUGGUGUUACCCCGCAGCUGUGCCCGAUGCCAGGAGUGCCCGAGGUCCCCGUGUGGCCAUGCUGCAGCAGGGCUCUGACCCUGUGGCAAGGUUUGGACUGGAUACUGGUGCUGUGGAGCCAUCAUGGGAUGGCGAGGCUUGGCAGAUCUGGCCAGGACCAUGCUUAUUUUACCCUUGCCUUCUGUUCCUGUAGUGGCUGGGCAGGGCAGUUGUUGCUUCCUCCAAGCCCCACUCCCCCAGCCCACGGCCCCCUGAGCUCACUAAACCCCCAUCAGCCACACAGCUCCACCUGCAAAAGCAGAACAAGAGGCAAAAUCCCCAGCCUUUAUCUGGGGACCUGCCCCCAUGUGAGCCAGGGCCAUGGAGGGGCACUGGCAGUGGCUUGGAGCUCGCUGCCGGGUCAUGUCUGCCUCGCCCUGUGCUGACCCUGCUCCCGGGAUGCUGCCAGAGCCAUAGAGGGAUGAGGGGAGGGAGGAAGAGAGGGCUGAGAUGGGAGCGAUCCUGUUACACCUCCUGGGCUGCUCACACCAUUAAUAGGAGCGGGUACGAAUGGCUGCCAAAGCACCUGCUCCGCAUCCCCGCCAGCUUCAGCAUGGAGAGCCUGGCUGCCCCCAGAUCAUCUUCCCAGCUAAGCCCAGCCCUCUGUGAGACCUGCCAGGGCUGCCACAGGGUCCAAGCCCCAGGAAAGCAGCUGCUGGGCUCGUCCUGGCUGCAGCCCCCAGCACUUAGACCAGCCCUUGGGCUUUGCAGCGUCCCCAUGGGGCUGCAGGGGCACGGGCGGAGGCUGGCACACACUGGCCCCGGCCCCCAGCCCAUGUGGGGACCCGGGUUAGCCAUGAGCCCCUGUGCACCAGUGGUGGGGGGCACAGAGAACACCCAAACAUAACCAGGGAUGACAGGUUGGGUUUUUUUUAAACAUUCAAUUUAAUACCCAAUUAAAAAUGACAAUAGUUUAUUUUAACCUCUAU